AUGACACCGGCUGAGAUGCUAUUAAGCUUAAUAAGAGGUCCAAAGGUAUAUGCAUACAUUCGUCGUCAUAACACAGUUUUCCCGAGUAAUUCAUUGGAAUAUGUGAGUGAAACAAUGUUAACAGUUAUGAAUGGAUGUUAUACAGUAUGUUCAGUGGUUUCACCAUUUCUUCUUUUGAUUGCUUAUAAUCGUUCAUUAUUGAAUGGAACAAACUUUAUGAUGUUAGCAAAAUUUACGGUAACAUAUUAUGUAAUAGCGAUUAGUAUGAGAACUAUCGGAAGAAUAUUUAAUCCAGAAUAUCGUCGAUUUGCUGAUACAUUAUUUAAAGCUCAUUUGCAUGGUCAAAAUGCGAGUUCACUAUUACUAGGAUAUGAUUAUGAGUUAUUUGCUGCACCAAUUGAUUUUCGUGCUCGUAAAGAGUCGCGAAAAUAUUUCGAAACACCAAGAAGAUUUACAACUACUGGAAAUAUAUUAUACACCGCGUUACGUGAUCGUCUAUCUUACAAUAUUGCUUAUAGUUUUGCGCGUGUACUUGUUUAUCCUGGUUCAGCAGCAUUAUUGAAUAAAUUAAUUCAAUCAUUUUUGAUUGAGAAUCGAAGGAAACUUGUGGUCGAAAAGGGUGCUAUGCGAGGUGUUUUAAUGACAAGGGAAGGUAAUCGAGUAGAUAGUAUGUUUGUUGAUCGUCGAGAACAGGGAGAAAAUGGUGAUAUUCUGGUUGUAACAUGUGAGGGAAAUGCUGGAUUUUAUGAAACUGGUAUUAUGCCAACACCACUUACACUAAAUUAUUCUGUGCUUGGAUGGAAUCAACCUGGAUUUGGUGAAAGUAGCGGUAUGCCAACACCGAAACAAACAGUUGCAUCAAUUGAUGCUGUUAUUCAAUAUGCAAUACAUAAAUUAGGUUUUGAGGAAGAGCAAAUUGUUAUCUAUGCAUGGUCAAUUGGUGGAUUUCCAGCAACAUGGGCUGCUGCUAAUUAUCCAAAUAUCAAAGCUCUGAUAUUGGAUGCAACAUUUGAUGAUCUCUUACCUCUUGCCGAGGCUAAAAUGCCGAGAUCAUGGGCACCAUUAGUCGAAUUCAUCGUUCGGACAUACUUUGACAUGCCGAUCGCUAUGCAGUUGACUGCAUAUAAUGGUCCUUUAGUGUUAAUCAGACGUACUCAAGAUGAAAUGAUCAUAACGACAGAGGGUACAAGUGAAGAACGUCUUGCUACAAAUCGUGCUAACAAUUUAUUAAAAUCAAUCCUUCGUGCACGACAUCCUAAUCUGAUAAAUGAUGACGAUGCAGAACUAGCAGUAGAUGUUUGGUUAGCAGCAACACCGUUAGAACGAAUAUCGUUAACUAAGGACUGCCCAAAAACUUUAGCAAUGGAUAAUAUUGAGAAUUUAACCAAACAAAACCGGAAUAUCUUGAUACAUUGUCUGUGCUCAAAGUAUUUAGUAGAUUUUGAUUCCAGUCACAAUACUCCUCUUGAUCUAUCAUUAUUCACAGUACCAUCAUCAUUUUAG